AUGGAUAUGGAAAUAGAUAUGGAGGAUAAUAUUCUAGCAGAUUUUUUGUUUGGGGGCGACGAAAAUAUACCUAAAGUUGUGAAUGCAGUUGCAAAUGUAGCGGAUGCGGCUGAAAAUGUUCCACAAAUGCGACGACGAGUUGUUCGGAAUGAAAAUUAUUUCGAACACACAAUCCCACGCUAUUCGGAUAUCCAAUUUAGAGAGCAUUUCCGGAUGUCCAGAGCUACUUUCCAGAUACUCUUGAAUUGCGUUGGACAUAUCCACCAAUUGGAAGAUCGUAUAAUUCCAUUGGAAAAGAAAUUAAUGUUCACAAUUUUUUUGCUCAGCAAACCAGAGAGUUUUUUGGCUGCUGGAGAUAGGUUUGGUUUGCCGAAGAGCUCCGGUUACAAAAUUUUUAGACAAAUAAUUAUGGAAUUAGGACGCCUGACUCCACAAUUUAUCAGAUGGCCAAAUAUGCAAAGUCUUUUACAAACUGCAAAUGUGUUUGAAGCGCGUUCCCGAGGAAUCACUGGUGUAGUUGGUGCUAUCGAUGGCUGUCAUAUAGCCAUAAGACAGCCGAUAAGGAAUCCUAUCGAUUUCUAUAAUAAUAAUAAUAUAUAA